AUGCAAUCACGAUGACGUUACAAACGUUGGUUUGUUAUGAGAUUAUGCUUGAAGUCCGUGGUUAGCACUUUCUUUUUGCCCUCUGUCACCCUGCAUUUGGUAAAAUUACUGUGCGUUAUGACGCAUUUUGUUACCAGAGUACAUUUCUUUUCAAUGUUGAACACGAUUCUCCAGGAGCACUUUUGUGUGUAAGAGUUUCCCCUGUUUUGCUUUUGAGUUUCUUUCAUCCAUUUGUGUCUAAGCUUAUCUUCAAAUCACUAGAUAUCAACGUCAUCAACCAAACAGAUUUUUUCGUAAUUCUGAUUUUGAUAGAUAAUCAGUGACUGUGCUGUGUUGAAGAUCAAGGUCUACCUACUAGAACUACUUUUCUCUAUCACCAACCUUCCAACCUCCAAAACAAAGAACAAAAUGUCUCGUUCUCGCAGCCGAUCCCACAGCCGACGCCGUCCAUCCCGUCCCUCCCCCAGGCGCCGUCAAAGCCCACCCCGUGGAGGCGGUGGUGGUGGCAAUGGCGGCGGUGGCACCAUCUGGGUUGGUGGCCUCCCAAGCGAUAUCAAGGAAGACGAGAUCUUCGAGAAAUUCGAAAAAUACGGAAAGGUAGUAGUAGUAAAGGGCGUUCUGUAAUUGUAUAAUGAAAUGUGGUCACUAGAGCUAAAUGUAUAGGUCGGGUGUCGUCGGAUGUGGUUAUGCUUUUCCUUACUACCUAUAGGAUCCUAUACAAGGAUGCGGCUCUACAACUUGUUGGGUCUAUAAUAUGAGCUUAACUAACUCGUGUAGACAUCCUUCGAUCCCACGCGACGGGCUACUAUCUAGACGUGGAGACAUCUUCUUUUGCUCUCAAUAUCAGCAUGUGUUUCAGAGAUUCUUACUUCUCACUUUUCUUUUUCCCUAUCUGUCUCAAAAAGUGUAUUCGUGUCAACAUUAGGUUCACGGAUCCAGGUAGCCUUGAGUUGCUACGUGGUUCGAAUGAAUGAAUGAGUUGACAAGGUGGCUCAGUGGUUGAUGUAUUUUUUUGGUCAGGUCGCGGAUGUGCGAUUGAAGAUCUCGAAUCGCGGUCCCCCCUUCGGAUUUGUGGAGUUCGCAAACCAACGUGAUGCCGAGGAUGCGGUGCAGGGCCUCGAUCAGACCUCAGCUUUUUUUAUGCAUGUCUCUGGUUUCUACUUAAUACAAUACUGUGGCCGUGAUACCUAUGGUUUUCCUGUCUUACUUUUAUAGUAAUUAUUUUUAUGAAACUGGUUUCGGAGAAUCAAUUUAAAGCAAUAAUAUAACCACUACUACUCCUAAUAUACGCGACGUUCCUGUAAAGCAAUAUUACUGCAACACGCACCUGUGUCUGGCAAGUCGUAAGAAGAAAAAGUAAUAACGGACUAACACGGAACUACUGACUUGCUCUUUCUAGUCUACAGGAAAUAAGAGUUUCAAGUACAAGAGACUGCCACUUUCAUCUCGUAUGGUUGCGUGAUGAUCAGCAUCCAAGCCAUAGACGUAAUCUCUUGUGCAGUAGCUACGAAUACGAUAUACAUAGAGCAGUCGCAACUAGGUGUUGAUUUUUGAGAGGACGCUACUUUUCCGUGGACACCUUUCAUUUUUUCUUCCGGCAAGAUUGCGGUUCAACACUCUGGUCCAAAGCGACCGCUAGGAGGCGGUGGUGGCCGUCGGGACUCUCGAGCGAGAGGUGGGUAUGGCCGUCGGGACUCUCGUCGUCGAGGAAGGGAUGACUACCGAGGUAAUACUUGAGUUUUUUUGUUUUGUUUGCUUGCGAGCGUGAGCAGUACGCAUGUAUGCAGGGCAGAUUGGUCCCGUGUUAAUUACUGAUCUUUUAUGCUUCAAAUUUUGUUUUGAAUAUUAAACAAGAUGGUUGUGGAGUCCGUCGUACCAGACUAUUCCAGCACUACAAAUUUCAUUCUUUGCAAAUCAAGAAUCCAAAAUCCCUUUUUUCUGCAAUGCACACCACAGACCGCCGCCCGAAGGAUGAUGGCGCGAACAAUUACAAGAUUACCCUGGAGAACAUCCCUGAUGACAUGACGUGGACAGAAUUGAAAGAGUUGGGCAAACAGCAAGUGGAGCGUCCAUCGGAAGUGACCUUCGCUCGUACCUAUCGAGGCAGAGAGGGCGUGGCAUGCGGAAUUUUGGAAUUCCGAACAAAGUACUUAAUAACACCAUAUUGGAUCAUAGGCUUGUGAAUUUGUGAUGACUGAUAUAGAUGCCACUCCUAUGUUGAUUGUGCGACUAACCAUUAUACAUAGGUCUAGUAUACGAUUUUACUCUAGCACAGGAUAUGAUCAAUUUGGGUGCGAUUGAUAUUGCAACUUAGUGCCUUCAACGUGGUUCCGGUUUGUUACCAGAGUUUUGUUCACUCCAUAUAUCAAAAUUUUCUUUUUUUGAAGAGGACGAUUCCAGGAAAAUGAAUCAGCAUUGUACUAAUGUUGCAUUUCCGCAAAUACAACAGGUCGAUUGCGGAAGAUGUCGUGGAAAAACUGGACAAUCGUAAAAUCAAGAAUUACGAUAUGAUCCGUGUCCGUAUGGGAGAUGCACGGGAGCACCGGUAGAUCCUUUGAGGAAUCGCCAAGCCUUUGUUGAGAAGUCUCGGUAUCAAUACUAGUGGUAGGAUUACUAUGCCAAACAAGCUGAGGAAGCAACAGUUCCUGGAAGUUUGAGCCGAGCCACCACUUCGGGAGGUGGGCGAAAUUGACUUGCUCAUGACGGUGUGGGAUCAGCUUCGAGGGAUCUCUUUGGGUUGUCAUAGGAGCAUAACAAAAUGUCACGUUUUACUGUAUGAUCAUGUAUAUGAAGUAGCAUUAUGUAUCAAAACCAACACUAUUAUUUUGACGUAUCAUGAAAGGGAGGUUAGUGAUGUCAGCUAUGGUAUUUAACUUUCAUGUCACAUUGGUUGAACUGUAGAAAAUUGUUACGAUUUCUUAUCGAGCUUGCUCUUCAUACGGAGCCUGCUCCCAAAAUCUUCCGAUCUGGGAGAAAGAUCGGAAAAAACAGGCCAAUACAAUCAGAAAGAAAUGUUUUUGAUGACCUUGAGUACGAAGAAAGGACUCUCGUUUAAGUAUCAUUUGUGCGCACAACCUGGUGGUAUUGCAAUUACAAACGGGAGUUAAUGGGGGAGGCACAGGUCUUUACGGCUGAAGUCAUCCAUAACGAAGGAAGUCCGAUGAGCAAGGCGAUCGUCGAUUUGUGCCCACCUCACCCACCCACACCCCCAUCAAUACAUAGAAUCAUAUCUAGUGAGCACGGCGUUCCAAGAGAUUCCUUGUCAUGAAGACAAAAAAAACGCGCACAAUAUGACAUACAUAUUGAGGACUUGAUUCCGUACACAACUACACAACAAGAAGGACAUCCAUGCCCUGGAUAAACAACUAAAAGAAAGAAUGUCACCAUCAACUCACUGUGAUUACUGGUCUAGCAAAUACUAAGUAAAGUUCCAAGCUGUGGAUGAAAGAAUCUUCGAGCUGACCACACAGUGAUCGUGAGCGAUAAACAGGAGACAUUGAAACUAUCGGAUAUCUA